UUUAAAAAAUAAUUUAGAAAAAAUUAUUGAAGUGAUUUCAAAAAAAUGUAAUAGUUUGAACCAUAAAAGAAAAAGAGUAAAGAUAGAUGAUACUAUUUCAAAUGAAACUAGUGAUAAAUUAAAUAUUAUUACAAAUAAUGAUAAUAUAGAGGAAGAUUUAGUUAAAGAAAAAGAAAAUAGGAGUAGUAAUUGGAAUUUGAG